GCAGUGGAGAAGGUUGUAAGUUCAGAGUACGCUGAAGCAGAGAAUAAAAGCUACAAGACUCCUCGUGCCUUAUUCACUGAAAGACAUGAAGGAUUAAGGGCAAAGGGAGAAGAAUGGAUGAAACAGACUGCACAAUCCUGUUCUGUAGUCGCUGCCCUCAUUGCUACAGUUGUCUUUGCAGCGGCAUUUACCUUGCCUGGUGGUAUUGACAGCAAAGGAACCCCAGUAUUUGUAAACCGAAGAUUGUUUAUAGUCUUUGCAAUCUGUAAUGCUCUAUCGCUUUUCAGCUCCUGUGCUGCAAUAUUGAUGUUCUUGUCGAUCCUCACCUCUCGUUAUGCUGAGCAUGAUUUCCUCAAAUCAUUGCCGCUGAAACUGAUGUUGGGGUUAACAGGGAUGUUCAUUUCAAUAGUGACUAUGAUGGCAGCCUUCACGGUUACCUCUUUUAUCACUUUUCGGGAAGGAGUGAAGUCAGUGAACUGGAUUAUUCCUAUUCCCAUUGCACUGUUUGCUGCUGUUCCAGUUGCUCUUUUUGCUUUCCAGCAGUAUCCUCUCUUGCUAGAUAUAUAUAAAUCGACUUACAGAUCGUGGUCUUUAUUUCAACCAACUAAACCGAAGCUCUUUCCAAGUUAUUCGAGUUAAGUGAUGAAGAAGAGCUGAACGAACAGUUCGUUGGAACAAUUCCAGAGUAUGACACAUACGGAUGCUGAGAAUAGGGGAAGGUCCGGGGAAAGUACUGAUGAAGACUUAGAAUAUGUCAUCAUCAAACACCCAAUAGUCUACUUUUCAAACCUUUAUUUUCUUCUACCACAAUGUUGGCCGGUGCCGGUGGAGACCAUGAUGGAAAGACUUACUUUAAAAUCUUGGACUCUCUCCAGCACAAACCCACUACUACCACUAACAAAUCCAUCCAUCAUCCAUGGAUCCUCCACAAAUACCAUCUUCCAGCCGUGGGCGUUCUUCCAAGAUCAACUCCAUCCUUCCUCCCUCCCCGGCACCUCGGUAUGCCUCCACAUGGGACUCUUUUCCGGGACCAUCCCACUAUCCAAUGGCCUAUGACAUUUCCGGUAGGAGACCAUCGGAAUACACCUCUUAUUCUACUUUACAGUCACUGGUAUAUUCCAAUGCUGACAAUAUUGCCAUCAGAAAUGCAUCAGUAUGGGAUUCCACUAGUACUACAGCAGCUAUGAUAAACUCCUUGGUUCCAAUGGCCUCUGACAUUUCCGGUAGGAGACCAUCGGAAUACACCACUUAUUCUACUUCACAGUCACUGGAAUAUUCCAACUCUGACAACAUUGCCAUCAGAAAUGCAUCAGUAUGGGAUUCUUCCACUAGUACUACAACAGCUAUGAUCAACUCCUUGGUUCCUCCCACUUUCAAUGCCUCUGCCUCCCCGGCACCUCGAAAUGCCUCCACGUGGGACUCUUUUGGGGGGCCGUCUCUCUAUCCACUGGCCUCCGACAUAUCCGGUAGGAGGCCGUCAGAAUACAUGGGUUAUUCUACUUCACAGCCUCUAAAAAACUCCAACAAAGCUAGCAACAUUUCCGCCCGAAAAGUUGCAGCUUGGAAUGCUUCUACUACUGCAGCUAUACACCUUCCGCGAUGGGAUGCAUUUGGUGAUGCUCUACCUGUAUAUCGCGGUGCAAGUUAUUGGAGUUGGCUGGCUAAAACCUUUGCCAUGGAUUUUGCUACUGGUGACAACACUACACCUGUAGGUAUAAACCGGGCUUUUUACACUGGAAACAUUAAUUACAUUUACGAAUUCCGGAAAGGUAAACGUCUAGCUAUGGCUGAUAUCGAGGCCAUUAUGUACAUCUAUGGUGUUGAGAACACCAGUGCUCAGGACAUUGUGAAAAACAUAGACCCUAAAAAACGAGGGAUAUUCGACUUAAACUCUCACAACAAGCAAAUUGUUCUCGCCUCGACAAUCAAUUUCUCUCUGGCAAAGGAGCCUGAUCUUUGUCAGUUAAGGCAUGCAAGCAAGUGUUACCAAGAUGAAUUGCUCUCUCCGCUGCAUUAUGCUUGCUACAUUCAGGAGGUCUUGAAAGGGAAAUACUUAGGAAGCGAACCUCGGUUUAUGAUGCUAGGAAUGUAUAGCGUACUCGGAGUUUUGGAGGGUUCCACGGACCGUGAACUUACCACCAAAGACGUGGAGAAGUUUGUAAGAUUAUGGAAAGUACGUGAUUCGUGCGAGACACAAGGCCUUAUAAAUACGGUCAAGGAUGAUUAUAAUGGAACUAUUUCAUGUUCAAGUUUCUACUAUUUGUUGUACCAUAAAAUUUUGUAUGGAAAGCAGUGUAUUCAUAUGUUUGAUACUCUAGGGGAGCAAAAGCCGUCAAUGUUCUUCCUUUUAAUGGACAAAGACGAAGAUGGAUUCCUUUCCUUGACGGAUCUUCGUAGUUUUGCCGCAAUCUUUGGUCGAUAUCCAUCGGAUGAAGCGAUUGAUCGUGUGACCCGAAAGCUUGAUAUUGAUGGUGAUGGUAAGGUAAUUAGCUUGGAGGAUUUUCAUGAGGCAAUGGAGCCUAUUUUAGAUGGAUUGACAUGGGAGUUUUGGUUGGUUGCUAUCUUGAUCACUUUGGAGCUUUAGUCGAAUAAUAUGGAGUACAAAUUUUCAUAUGCUAUCAAUGACAAUGUGCAAUUGCUCAGCUUAAUCUAGUUUCAAUUUCCUCGA